UCAGGACGGGAAGAUGCCGCGCGUCGUGCCCGAUCAGAGAAGCAAGUUCGAGAAUGAGGAGUUCUUCAGGAAGCUGAGCCGCGAGUGUGAGAUUAAGUACACGGGCUUCAGGGACCGGCCCCACGAGGAGCGCCAGGCGCGCUUCCAGAAUGCCUGCCGCGACGGCCGCUCGGAAAUCGCUUUUGUGGCUACAGGAACCAAUCUGUCUCUCCAGUUUUUUCCGGCCAGCUGGCAAGGAGAACAACGGCAAACACCUAGCCGGGAAUAUGUCGAUUUUGAAAGAGAAGCAGGCAAGGUGUAUUUGAAGGCUCCCAUGAUUCUGAAUGGUGUCUGUGUUAUCUGGAAAGGCUGGAUCGAUCUACAGAGACUGGAUGGUAUGGGCUGCCUGGAGUUUGAUGAGGAGCGAGCCCAGCAGGAGGAUGCAUUAGCACAACAAGUCUUUGAAGAGGCUCGGAGAAGAACACGUGAAUUUGAAGAUAGAGACAGGUCUCAUCGGGAGGAAAUGGAGGUGAGAGUUUCACAGCUGCUGGCAGUAACUGGCAAGAAGACAACAAGACCCUAGUCCUGGUUCUAAUUUAGGUGGUGGUGAUGACCUCAAACUUGGUUAAUUAGUAGCACAGCAGAUGUGUUGCUCAUCUUUACAUAUAUAUUGCUUCUAAUUGGUAGACAUAAUUGAUUCCAAGACCAGAAACUGUGAUAACUGGAGGUACUACGGUCUAAUUCUCAACCUUAGGCAGUAACAGACAUCACAAAUUGCCAUGGUUUUGCACUAUGAUUAUAAUACCUGCAUUUCUAAUAUUUUAAGCAUGUAGCCAGUAACAAUUUGAAAUUUUUUUCUAUGCAAGCUUACCUUGUUGGCAUUAUUUUAGUGAGUUGGAGCUAUUCACUUGUAAAGCCCUUUUUUCUUCUUGUAAUUUAAAUUUCAUGUCAUUCAAACAUAGGUCAAGAAGUUAAAAUUUAUAUCAGAGGGGUUUUUCUCCCUAGUCAGUUGCUUCAAUUCUUUUGUACUUUUUAGAUAUGUUGGUUAUACAGUUUCAUUUUAGAUAAGUAUUCUUGAAUUUUUUAUUUUGUUUCCCCCCAUUUCCUUUUGUGUUUCUGUAGUCUAUGGCAUUUUAAAACUGCUGAUGUGUUUGCAUUAUUUACAAGCUAAAACCUAGUAGCACAGAGCUGUCUGCCACAGCCUUCUAACACAAAGUUUACAGUUGUUAAAGUUGCAGUAUCCUUUUAAAUACUAGUAAUAUACACUCUUUCUUU